UUUAUCAAGGUUACUAGAGGAAUGUUUUAUAAGGGGCAACAUUUUCUUUGUGCGUAUCCACUUUGCAGAGUCCACGCCAAGACAACAAUGAAGUUUAAUGCAACGCUAACUUACUGCUUUCUGAUCUCUGUUUUUUUGGUCUGUGUUGCUGCAAAGCGGCAGGCACCUGAAGUCCACACAAAGCUCGGGAGCCUGAGAGGUGAGUAUGUGAGUGUAAAGGGCAGAGAGACCGGAGUCCAUGCCUUCCUGGGUGUCCCAUUUGCCAAGCCACCCAUAGGUCCUUCCCUGAGACUGGCUCCACCUCAGCCUGUAGAGGGAUGGAAAGGAGUGAGAGACGCCACCAAGCAGCCACCCAUGUGCAUUCAACAUAAAAAGAAUACUCUGGAUCUAUUUUCUUUUACCGGUGCCAUAUUGGAAGAUUUGCCAGACAUUUCAGAAGACUGUCUUUACCUCAACAUUUACACUCCUGCAAACAGAGCUCAAGAUGCCAAGCUUCCAGUCAUGGUGUGGAUCCAUGGUGGGGGCAUCUCUAUGGGUUCAGCUUCAUUGUAUGAUGGCUCUGCUCUGGCUGCUUACCAGGAUGUGGUUGUGGUUCUGAUCCAGUAUCGUCUGGGACUUCUGGGCUUUCUCAGCACUGGAGAUGACCAUGUAUCAGGGAACUUUGGGAUGCUGGAUCAGAUAGAAGCUCUAUUGUGGAUCCAGGAGCACAUUCACAACUUUGGAGGAGACCCAGAUUUAGUUACUAUAUUUGGGGAGUCAGCUGGAGGAGUGAUUGUAUCUGUCCUACUCCUCUCACCAUUGUCUGAUGGCCUGUUCCACCGUGCCAUUGCUGAGAGUGGUACAGCUGCAAUGGACUUUCUUGCGAGAGAUGAUCAUCUGCCAGCGAUGGAGAUGGUUGCAAAUGCAUCUGGCUGUAGCAUGGACAGCACAGAGAUGUUUGGGGAUUGUAUCAGAAACCUUGAUGUUGCUACUAUAGCAGCUAUUGCAGAGAGCAAAAACAUGAUAUUUUGGGUAAAUGUUGAUGGACACUUCCUGACGAAUCCGGUGCAUGAGCUGUUCCAUAAACAUCAUAUCCACCCUGUCCCAUACAUGACUGGUGUUAAUAAGCACGAAGGGGGAUUUGCUAUCCCUAAUUAUAUUGAUAUUCCUGACUGGACAGAAGGAAUAGAAUGGGAGGAGUUCGUGAAUGUGCUGUCCUUUUACAACCCUGAUUCUAAAGAUGCUUUCAAGAGAGAUCUGAUAACGAAUGAAUACAUUGGAACUGGUGAAGACCGUGUGAAAAACAGAGAUGGACUGACUGAAAUGAUUGGGGAUGUUUUAUUUAACAUUCCAGCCAUUAAAGCAGCUAAUGCUCACAGAGAUGCAGGUGCUGCUGUAUACCUGUAUGAGUUCCAGCACCCUCCCAAAAUCCUGCAGAACAAAAGGCCGAGCUUUGUUAGAUGUGACCAUACAGAUGAAAUCUUUCUAGUACUUGGAUUCUGCUUCACAACUACCCAUUCCAAAUUUGUUGAUGCAUGCUCUGAAGAGGAGGAACAGCUGAGCAGAACCGUGAUGAGCUACUGGGGCAACUUUGCUCGCACAGGGUCUCCUAAUGGGGAUGGUCUUGCCCAUUGGCCAAAGUAUGGAGCAGAAGAGGAGUAUCUGGCAAUUGGUUUGAAGGAGCAGGUGGUUGGUCGAGGCCUGAAUAAGGAUCGAUUUGUUUUUAUGACUCAGACCCUCCCAGAGAAGACCCAACAACAUGAUGAAAAUACAGAGCACAGUGAACUGUAAAGUUGUUGCAUUUUUUUUUACCCUGUCCAUCACCUUUUUAUUAAUUAGAUUUAAGCAUGUUUGAUUUUUUUGUUGAUAAUUUUGGCUAUGUUAAUGGAUUUGGCAUAACGUUUGGCAAAGUCAUGUAUUCAUAUGGAACUUCUUGGGAAUGAUCAGGACUGCGGUCGGUUAAAGCGCUGAUACAGUCUAGCUUUGACUAUUGCCUGACACAUGUCUAAAGUCCUGCUUGUAAGCAGGGGUUUCCUGGGUCCUCUCUCUGAAAAGAAAGGUUAGCAUGGGUUAAGAGAACUGUACAUACAAACAGCAGAUGAUAAUUUGUUUUUCUUAAUGAAAAAUGAUGACAACACAUAUGUUUUUGUCUGUGAUAAUUGAAACAGUUAUCUUGUAUUACAAUGUGAUACACAUACAAUCAACUGUAAAAAAAACAAAAACAAAAAAUUAAACAGAUGUGACAAAGAGA